AUGCCGAAACUUACCACUUAUAACGUGCUGAUUGGUGUCAUUGUUGCUAUUGGCACCUUCGGUUACGGAUAUGGGUUUGGUGUCUUCAUCACCAGUAUUGGACAAGCAGGAUUUUAUGUCGACUUCAACCUUGAUCGCGCUGCAUUUGGUGCUUUGACGCAAGCACCCUUGGCUGAUUGGAUCGGAAGGAAAAAGGCAUUGGCAUCGUCGGCGCUGCUCUCCCUUAUUGGGGCAGCGUUAACAGCAGGCUCUCCAUACCUCGCGAUGUUGCUUACGGUCCGCAUUCUCCAUGGCUUCGGUCUGGGUAUGCUCAUCUGUCUUGUUCCCUUAUACCUCACCGAGGUGUCCCCUGCACACUGCCGAGGCUUGGUUUCGGGGAUGACAGUGAUGGGGUUUGGCAUGGGAUAUCUGGUGUGA